UUGCAUUUGCCCCUUUGCUGUUUUGUUUCCGUUUCUCUCAUUUCCGUUUCAAAGUUUUCCAGAUUAUAAGUUUCAUAGUAUAUUUUCAUCGACAUUUAAAUCAGUUAUUUUAGUGAAUACUUUUUUUACAGUCAGUAUCAAUUGCGUAUUUCACACGAGACCCAACCCCGGUUUGGCGCUUGCCUCACCCCUCCACGUAACAUCGCUGACAAAUAUGCUGGCUAGUGAGCUUUGUAUUGCUACAACAUUGUAGAGCUAUGCUACGCGUAUAGUGUGCAUUCGUACUGAUAUAUAUAUAUAUAUAUACACGAAGUGUUUGCUUUCAAGGGCGUUAAAUGUAUCAAGUUUAUGUCAUGAUUUAUAAACUAAUGGCCCACCGCAAGGCCUAUGCGUUGGAGAGGCCUCGCCCUGGAGUUAGUACUUAAGCGCACACAACUCUCUGUCGCCCAAUGAGAAACCGAUGAACUCUAUUCAUCAGAACUGCCAGUCACUGGUCAUGAACCUUGUAGAUGUUAUUUUUUUAUGAAAUGCCACUUUUCAUGAAAUGCAUUCAAGAAUAGGUUUAAUCUUGGUGUACAGCGAUGUCUAAAAGCGAGACCGAGGAGAUGAUAGAGAUCGAGAUCGAUGGACAGGAGAAACAGGAGUGUCUGGAGGAGGGGGUUGAGGAGCAGACCAUCACAUCAGCCGAUCUGAUCCAACAGGACAUCGACAUCAAUGAGCCAAUCGGUAACCUGAAGAAGCUCCUGGAGCCCCGUAUCCAGAUGCCAUUGGACGGAUAUGAGAUCUGUCUACAGGACAUCCAGCUACAUCCAGACCACAGCCUCUUUGAUCAGGGAGUGAAGACCGAUGGCACAGUGCAACUCAGCCUACAGAUCAUCACCAAGCCAGGCGAGGAAAAGCUGAACAUCCUGGAGAUCGUGAAGCCGGUGGAGACGGUGGAGGUGGUGAUCGACCCAGAUGCAGCAGGGGAAGAAGGCACCUUGAUGGAGGAGGAGGGCCAGCUGAUCGCAGUGGAGCGCUCCUCCCUGUCAGACGACACAUCAGAGCAGGUGACCCGCUGGGCCGCCGCACUGGAGGGCUACCGCAAGGAGCAGGUCCGCCUGGGGAUACCCUACGACCCAGUACAGUGGACGGCAGACCAGGUGAUCCACUGGGCAGUGUGGGUGAUGAAGGAGUUCAGCAUUGACGAGAUGGAGGUGGGAGGGAUUCACAUCCCGGGUCGCGAUCUCUGCACCUUCACCCAGGACGAGUUCCUGCAGAGGGUCCCCAGUGGAGAGAUCCUCUGGAGCCACCUGGAGCUGCUUCGCAAGUAUGUGUUGGCCAGUCAGGACCAGUCUGGCCAGGAGGCCACAGUCACCAUUGACCAACAGGUCCAGAUCAUCCCGGCCGCUGUGCCGACCUCGCACACCACCAUCAAGGUGCUGAAGCAGAGCCGCGGCCCCAAAACACCCCGCAUCUCCGGAGGAGAGGAACGCAGCUCACCUGGCAACCGCACAGGUAACAAUGGUCAGAUCCAGCUGUGGCAGUUCCUGUUGGAGCUGUUGACUGAUAAGGAUGCUAGAGACUGUAUAUCCUGGGUGGGAGAGGAGGGGGAGUUCAAACUCAACCAGCCUGAACUGGUGGCCCAGAAAUGGGGCCACCGCAAGAACAAGCCGACCAUGAACUACGAGAAACUCAGCCGAGCACUCAGGUAUUACUAUGACGGGGACAUGAUCAGCAAGGUGCAGGGCAAGCGUUUUGUCUACAAGUUUGUGUGUGACCUGAGGACUCUGAUUGGCUACAGUGCUGCUGAGCUCAACAACCUGGUGACUGAGUGUGAGCAGAAGAAGCUGGCCCGCAUUCAGUUGCAUGGAAUUGGCCAGCCCAUCACCACUGUGUACGCCUCCGCACAGGACAGCUGAGGGGGAGGAGCCUGGGGCUCUUUGAUAAGGGUAGAAGUUGCCCAUAGGCACAGAUCUAGGAUCAGACUACUAUGACCAGCCCUAAGCUUAACCAUUAGAAGGUGGAAAUGAUAAACUGACCUUAAAACAGUGUCUAUGGGCAACUUCAUCCUACUCCUUAGGGUUUGAUUGGAGAUGGGGCUGAGGCAGGAUGGGGAGGUUGUUUUCUUAUUUUAUUUUAACCAGGGCGGGAGUGUCUAUGGAUAUUGUGUGUGUGCAUGAGCGUUAGUGUGCCUCAGUGUGUGUGUGUGUGUGUGCGCAUGAGCGUUUGAGUGAAGAAGUGUCUGUGUUUGAAAUAUGAGCUUUGCAUAUUUUUUUUCUUCCUUUAUCUUGUAGCUUGGUAUCGUUUCCAUUGUAUAUACCGGUUCUCCAUGUUUUUGAUAGCCACAAGGACAGUGUAUUUUCAUAUUUUCCAUUUAUAAAUGAUCUGUUUUCUAUUUUAUUUUGAGUGUCUUUUUCCCUGAUGAGCUGGACAUUUUCUGUCCUCCAGGGGGAAUAAAGUUUCAAGUUUUUUC